AGCUCGUAUUUCUCCCUCAAAUCGUGUUUGCUUCUUUCUCCGAUUAGUUAGAGAAGAAUUCGGAUUUUCGUUUCUUGGAAUUUGAUUAAGCAUUUUCGUUACUCCAAUGCGUUACUGUAUAUGAAGUUGAGAAUGGUUUUUGAUCGGAGAAACUAUUAAUUUCGUUCUCCGUCUUAUUGAUUUUCUGCAUGAAUCAGGCAAAAUGACGAGCUCAUCGGGAACAAAAUUUCCUCUGGCUGCGAAAGAUUACGAGCUUUUGGAGAAGAUUGGCGAUGGUGUUUACAGAGCUCGAUGCAUUUUACUUGAUGAGAUUGUGGCCAUCAAGAUCUGGAACCUUGAAAAAUGCACCAACGAUUUGGAAACCAUAAAGAAAGAAGUUCAAAGAUUGAGUUUAAUUGAUCAUCCAAAUCUAUUGAGGUCGCAUUGCUCUUUCAUAGAUGGUAGCAGCUUGUGGAUUGUGAUGCCUUAUAUGUCGUGUGGCUCCUGCUUGAACAUAAUGAAAUCAGUCUAUCCAAAUGGUCUUGAGGAGCCUGUAAUUGCUAUUUUUUUGCGGGAGAUUCUAAAUGCUCUUGUUUACCUUCAUGGACUAGGAUACAUCCAUGGAAAUGUUAAGGCUGGGAAUAUACUGGUAGACUCAGAAGGAACUGUUAAGCUUGGUGUGGAAAGGAUGCCUACUAGUUCUGGGAAUACUUUUGUUGGAACUCCAUGCUGGAUCGCACCUGAGGAGGAUACGCAGCAAGUUGAUGGCUAUGAUUUCAAAUUGGAUAUCUGGUCGUUUGGCGUGACUGCCCUGGAACUUGCCCAUGGUCAUUCCCCAUUUUCAAAAUAUCCACAUACGGUGGCGCCACCAUUGACCUUACAAAAUUCUCCUUGUCCUGACUAUGAAGAAGAUAAUAAAUUCUCUAAGUCUUUUAGAGAGUUGGUCGCAGCUUGCUUGAUAAAAGAUUUAGAAAAACGUCCGACCGCUUCAAAACUACUGGAAUAUCCAUUCUUACAGCAUACUCUUUCUACUGAAUACUUGGCUAGUACGAUUCUUGAUAGCCUCUACCCGCUUGGUGAGCGUUUUAGAAAGCUGAAGGAGGAAGAGGCCAAGUUGGUUAAAGGUAUAGAUGGUAACAAUGAGAAAUUAUCUCAGGUAACCAUUGAAGCGCUGCUGACCUCUGGGAAACCUGCUAGUCCUGUGAACCCUGUUUCUUGCAAUGCUGCUCAAAUCCUCCCAAUGUUACAGAAUCUCGUGAUCCAGAAUGAUAUCCAAAGGGAAAGGUUAAUCAGUUUAAUGCAACUCUAUGAUCCAAAUGCUGAAAUCAGAAUUCCAGUUGUCAAUACAGAAGGCGGGCAGAUAUCAACACCGGAGACAGAUCUAUUGUCUGAGGUUCACGUUUUGCAGCAGAGCGUUAAGAAGCUUGAAGAGGAGGUUGAGAAACAAAAAACAGAAAAUGCUAAGCUAGAAGAACAGAUCAACCGCUUGACGAGGAUCACUGAUCCUUAAAAGGCAGAAUUGCUUUGUGCUCCAUCUUGAAGGAGAGGCACUCCGUUUGUGAAUAUUCCAUACAUUGUUUUUUUUUACUUUGGUGGAUCUAAAUCACCAUUAUCCAUCAUUAAUCAGAUACACGAAUGUAAAGUUUCAGUGAACAGCUAAAAACCAUUAGAGGGCUAUUUUACAAGUUUCACAAAGUUGUAUAAACGAAUCUUUUGCUUGUAUAAAAUUACCUUACUGCG